CGACCGUCAAACUUUCUCUGGCCGACGACUUUUUUCGGUGAAAUCCUCCAAUCAGACUCGCUCCGGCCAUCUGCAAAAAACCCACUCCGGUAGUGGUACUGAUUUUCAUCUAGUGGUACGCUACCAGUAGUAGCGGUACGUACUAGUGGUAGUGGUACGCUACAAAUACAAUUGGUACCGCUACCAUUGAGUAGUGGUACGCUACCACUACCACUAGUACCGCUACUAGUGAAUAGUGGUACGAUACCACUACCACGGGUAGCGUACCACUAGACAGAAAUCAGUAUCACUACUCACUAGUACCGCUACCACUGAGUACUAAUACGCUACCACUAUCAAUGGUAGCGUAACACUAGACAUAAAUCAGUACCACUAGAGAAUAACAUAAAAAAAACAAGAUCUGGAAUCUGGAAAAUCCCAAAUCUGAAAAAAAAAAUUAAGGAAUGAGGAAAGGAGAAGGAAGUGGAGAGGUCGUUACCUCGCGGCGGUGGGAGAGAGAUGGCGGUGACAGGAGUUGGAGGGAGGCGAGAGGGCUGCGACGGAGAGAGCCUUAUGGCGCGGCAGUUGUGGGAGGCGGAGGACGCGACGGCUGGGCUGGAGGGAGACGCUGGCAGCGGGAGGGAGAGAUGGCGGUGGUGGCGACGGAAGGGAGAGACGACGACGGUGGCGACGGGAGGGAGAGACAGAGAGCAGUUAGGGUUCUCGGGAGAGGGAAGAGAGAGGAUGAGUUUUUUUAAGGAAAUGAGAUUAUAUAGAAAAUGAGAAAGGAUCAUGUGUGGUAAGUUUUCUCUUCCAAAAAUACACUUCAUUUAAUCUA